UGGGAUACUGGCGUGCCCAAGGGACGCAACUCUGCACAGCGAAUUGCGGUGCCUAAGACGACUGGGCCACCCUUGGCCCCAAUUCUGCAAGAUUUUAGGAUCGUAACGCGGUACAGCGACCCUUAUGGUGGCACAGUGACCCUUUCGGGGUUGAAACGAUUUUAUUGAAGUUUAAUAAGGAUUUAAAUUUGUUUUUACUGUGCCAUAAGUAGCUACCAUAACUUCUCAGAAAGUUUUAUAGAAUGUGUAACCGUAUCUAAGACGCAUGUCGAAAAGAUUGACACAUAUUGCGUACAACUGAAGUUGGUUUUUUUACAAGUGAGUAACAACCUGUUAACACAAUACAACUGCACUUAAGCCAUAAACGAGGUCCUUAUCUCAAAGGCUGCGGGAUUUUGCCAGAAGCUGUCUGCUCUUUCAGUAAAAUAAUGAUUUAUUAGAACCGUGGAUCGAUCUUGAAUGCCGAAAUCGAUAAGGUUUAUUGAUUUCGGAUAUCUCUAAGGCCACUCUUUUUUUAGUUGCUUUACGUAUAUUUUUUUCAGGAAAAUACCUGUGGCCAGGUGGGGAAAACAGCACUUUACUUUUUUAUAGUUUUCUCCUCCUCAGCAUGUUGGCUGGUAUUAAAAAUAAAAAUGGUUUAAUUUGGGAGGAGAGCCUGCAACACAGCUGUUGCUUUAAUAAUAAUAAUAAUAAUAAUAAUAAUAAAAAUAAUAAUACAAAUAGUAAUAAAAAAUAAAUAUAAAAAAUAAAUAAAUAAAAUAAUAAUAAGCAGAAGAAGAAGAUAAGAAGAAGAAGAAGCUAGAAAACACAUAUCCAAUAGAUUCCAACUAUAUCAUGAGCAUGUGUUUAUGAAUUACUAUCAAACAGUAAUGAUAUCAGGUGUUCGCGGAAAGGGGAGCGUGGCAUGCCCCUUGCAGGAACAAGAAAUUUUGUUUUGACUCCCAUGUUAAUAUAUGUCAACUUCAGUGCGCCCUUGUUUGGAAAAUUAAUAUUUAUGUGCAAUAUACUAUCAGCUCAUCAGCGGGAUAAACAAAACAAAAGCAAAUUCCGAUUUUUAUUCCAGAAAAAUGUACAGUCGCGGACCAGUUAAGCAAGUAAAAUAGUGCGGCCUAAGUUGCUACUAGGUACGCAACAUGAAACCUUCUGAGAGGUAUUUGAUAAGAACAAACAUAAAGUUUGCAGUGGAGGCGACGCGAGGAGAGAGUGCCUCGUUACAAUCUGGAUACUUGUCAGGGCCGAAAUACUGGCGCAAGACCUGAAAACAUCAACCAUGGCGAGUGACGAAGAUGUGACGAAAUUAGACCUGAUUGGUCAGACCCAGGAAAAGCAAGGUUUGUUCUCUCAGUUCAAAGAACGUUUGAAAACUAUCCUCGGUCUUCCAACACAAAGAAAGGACCCUAACGUUGACGUGAAGGUUCUCCACUCCGCGGAACGCGACGAGUGCUUGGAUCAGCUUGGACUCCACCAGGAUCAGCUGUUGGUGUCCGAUGUGUACAGGGUUGUCCAGAGUCUCCAGACUCUGCCUCCAGAUGGGGAGCUGAUUGUUCCCCUGGAGAUGCCAGAACGAUCCAUUCCACCCCAAGUGUUGUACACGUUUACGUACUGUAUGAAGAUUGGCGGACAAUGGCACCUGGAACCGGCAGAAUACAAGGAAGGCGGCUGUGUAUAUGGCAAGCUGACAGAGAUGGACGUGUUUUGUGUGACGGCGGAGUUAAAACCGGAAUAUGCCACAGUGGGGCCGAAAGGUCACAAGUUUGUCUCUGAGAAGGACGAGAGAAUUGCCAUUGACUUCCCAGAAGAUUCUUUGAAGAAGGAAACGAAGUUGAAAAUUGUUACGGACAUCGUCGACCAGCAGCGGUUUGAGGAAUACAAACGUGAUAAUGAAAAGUUCCGCUGUAUAGUUGGGUUCACCAACAUUCUCACAGUGCAUCCACCGAUGAAGCUCCACACAGAGGCUAACAUACGCCUUCCUCUCGAUGGCGACUUUGUGAAGGGGCAUGGCAGGGUCAUGUUUCUACACUGGAAAAAGAAUGACGACGCCGAUGAUGACGAAGACGAAGACGACGUUACCGUCGUUAACGUAUCCCCUAUGAAACAGGGAGGAAAUUCCUACACGAUCCCAGUGAAAAGUUUCAGCGGGUAUUGCUGUGUCGCCGUCCAACCUCACAGUCCUAUCAGAGAGAUAGUCAGAGCGGCCAAACACGCCAUCGGGAAGCUGAAUCUGUGUGUUCUCCUCACCUUCCUUGACUAUGACCAACAUCUGAGGGUCAACUACAUCCUAGUUGACUGCGUGGAGUUCACCAAGGUGGACAGAGCUGUCGAACUACACACCAACGAUGGCAUGACAGAGAUCAAGCACAGCAGAUCAAGGGACAUCGAACUCAGGGACAGAACUAAAAUCAAACUAGCUCUGGGUGGAUGCAUUAAGCUUCAUGACAAGGCAUUUGCAACAAAUUCUUUUUAUUUCAACCAAAUGUCCAGAACCAAUAAAGUGGUCAUCCCCUUCACAUCCACGGGGGAGGAUGGCAGCUUGCGGUUCUACUGGGGCCAGCAUGAUCACAAGGUUCACUUUCCCCUGGAGUGGAAGAAGGCCGCCAACAAGAAGCCAUCCACGAGGCAAAGGCCCGCCAAGAAGAACCAACGUUCUAUGAGUGCCAUAGGCCACCGGGGUACAGAAGUUUCUUCCAGAGAGAGAAAAUAUUCCCAAACCCAGGAACCUUCGAUCGAGGCUUCAAUUCCACGGAAACCAUCAGUUAUUGCCAAGCAUCCCCUUCUGACGGAUAAAAGCCUGGCAGCCUUGGCAGAUACCUUACCGUAUUCAGAAUGGCGAAAUGUUGGCCUCGAACUCAACUUUCCCACAGACGCUAUCACCACCAUAUUUGACAGGGCUGACAAGAUUCGAUCCAACCCAGGACUCGAGCUUCUCACUGAGUGGAGACGGAGGAAUACUGAAAGGGACACCGACAAGCUCAUGGAUGACCUAACUGAUGCAUUUUCUGAACUCAAGCGGAACGACAUCGCGGAAGUUGUUGCAGCAGCAAGGCAACAAGUGCGUCCCAUACGAAGAAGUGACCUGGACUGUAUUCUGGCGUCUCCUCGUUCACCGAUGAGUCCAAUGUCGACCUUCGGGUCUGAGGUGUCAUUUACCAGCGAUGAGACUGACAGUGUCUUCCAAUCGGGUCGUUGGUCGUCGGCCUCCAAUCAAAAUCCAUUCCUCUCUGGCGUCACUCAGCACGACUCGGGCCAAUAGGACCCCGACGAUCACUGACAGGAAUCCAUGUUGAAUCUAGUUUCGUGUACGUGACUAUAAAACUGUAGAACACAAACUGGCCGUCAUGAACCUUAUAUGUCUGUUCUAAUUAUUUCCGUUUACUUUUGUCUUCGAAUCAAAGUGUCCGAUUUCUGAUUCUGUUUAAAAAACGGCUGUCGUGAUAACAACGGACUAUCUGCAUCUGCAGCGGGAUUUGGUAUUACGGGCUUACAUUGAAUUCACUCCUAAAUUGAUGUCGAGUAGUGAUAUUGUAGGUAGCGGAAUAAACCGAGAGGACCCGAAGACGAACGGGUAAGAAAGUCAUCAGAAGUUGACCUUGAGGAGAAUCUAGACCAGGAGCAGCUGACAUCAUGGCUUAAUUCAUGACAAUGAAAACCCAUUGUGUCUGUCUGUAAUCUCUAUGUGUCAUGAUAUCAAUCUUGAGAUAAGUAAUGAACACAAUCACAAACAAAUCCGUCUUACUUUCAUACAGGGCAUAUAACAAUCUAGAAGUGUAAAUUAGAGCUGUGAAUGUUAUGAAUGCGAUAAACCAUGUCUCAAAGUGAUGCUAUAACAAAGUAUUUUUAGCUGAAUAAUUAUUUCAUGUAUCCACAGCACUGUAUGCACUGAUUGUACAUAGACAAAUAAUGUCCGACUGAUGAUUAUACAUUGUGCAUGGUUGUAUAUUGACAAAUAAUAUAGCGCUGAUGAUCAGACAGUGUGCGCCAUUUGUAUAUAACUUUUUAAUGUCCGACUGAUGAUUAUACAUUGUGCAUUGUUGUAUAUUGACAAAUAAUAUACCGCUGACGAUCAGACAGUGUGCGCCAUUUGUAUAUAACUUUUUAAUGUCCGACUGAUGAUUAUACAUUGUGUGUGGCUGUAUGUAUUGACAAAUAAUAUAGCGCUGAUGAUCAGUGUGCGCCAUUUGUAUAUAUCUUUUUAAUGUCCGACUGAUAAUUAUACAAUGUGCAUGGUUGCAUAUUGACAAAUAAUAUACCGCUGAUGAUCAGACAGUGUGCGCCAUUUGUAUAUAUCUUUUUAAUGUCCGACAGAUGAUUUUACACUGUGCAUGGUUGUAUAUUGACAAAUAAUAUACCGCUGAUGAUCAGACAGUGUGCGCCAUUUGUACAUAUCCUUUUGAUGUCCGACUGAUGAUAAUACAUUUUGCGUGGUUGUUUUGACGAUUAGUGUACAACCUGGUGGAUCCGACAUUGUGCAAGGUUGAAAACCGACGAUUUAUAUCAGAAUUGUGUUCAUAGUUAUACAAUGAUUAUUUAACGUUUGUCGCGCUUGAAAAAAUACAGUAAACUACGUUAUAACAAACACGCUUAUAACGAACUGACGGAUAUAACGAACUUAUUUUUACUCCCGACCAUUUGUUGUAUAUAUGCUGUAUGUAUGCUUAUAACGAACUACGGUUAUUACGAACUACAAUUAGUGGUCCCCUCGAGUUCGUUAUAACCGUAGUCUACUGUAUAUGAUUAUGAUUUCCUUGUACUGUUUACUGUAGGCUUUAGUCCAUGCUUUUUGUAGCCCAAGGAUUUGGUUUGGUGUUUUGGUCUGUAUAUGUGUAGUAUUUGAACAGCCGCAAUUACCUGUAGUGAGCGCUUAUCCUGUCAUGGAACAAAUUUAUGCGUCACUCUUAUUUCUUUUUUUAGGGUCACUGGGGUAGCCCAGUGCUUAAAACGUUAGCUUGUUACCUCGAAGACUCGAUUCGCAAAUCGGAACAAUGGGAUAUUAGCGGAAAACAAUAUUCGCUUUUUAUGUGGCUUACUUAGACAAGAGUUUCGUCUUUAUGUAUACAUGUAGCAUAAUAUAUUAAUCGUAACGUAUGAUAAGGGCCCUCUGUGGUCUAUAUGAUCUGUACCAUUUGAGAAAUGAGCAAAAUAGACUGCGUGAAGCCUUUACUUCCGAGGCGGACCUUCUGGGGUCAUGUAUACAAAGACAAUGCUUCACUUCACUUCACUUUUUAUUUCAGUGCUUGUAGGCCACGGGCCUUUUUGUACACACGAAAUACAAUCUAGGUGCAAACAGUAUAAGAUAUAAUACACAUUUCUUUGCUUUUGAACAAAAGCAGUUUUAACAUAAUUGCACAUUUUACAUGAUGGAGUAUUUGUGUUCUUACAACAUUGGCAUAAAACAUGAAUACGUUGCUGUAUUCAUAUUGAUAAUAGGGUCUUGCUAUGACAGUAGUGUAUUAAACUUCAGAAUAUUAUGUAUUAAAGACAAUACAAACAUAUGCUAACAUGGACAUUAAUGUUGGCGUUGCCAUUCGGUCUGCAACGGCUCUGGUGACACGCCCUUUCAUGAUAGAGGGUGCACUGUUGCAGUAUACUUUAUAAGAACGUUUCGGAGAGUGUACAGUUGACCACCAGUAUUGCUUAUGCAUGGGGUGCGGUCGGGUAGCCUAGUGGUUAAAGCGUUCGCUCGUUACGCCGAAGACCCGGGUUCGAUUCCCGACUUGGGUACAAUGUGUGAAGCCCAUUUCUGGUGUCCCCCGCCGUGAUAUUGCUGGAAUAUUGCUAAAAAACCAAACUCACUCACUCACUCACUCACUCACGCGUAUGCAUGGCAUGUAUGUCUUCACUGGGGCAGUGGGUAGUGAGAUUGUAAACAGGUUGACUAUCAUCAUGGUAAAAAUACAUCAUAAAUAAAUAAUAUAUCCACUUAA